UCCUUCAGCUUUUCCAAUGGUAAGAAGAAGUUGGAUUAUUUCAAAGCUGAUGUUCUAUGACUUCACAAAAGUCAAUACGAUCUCACAAUACGUCUCUAAGGACCAAUCCAAUGCUGAUAUUUCAUGAGUUUAUAAUGGAGGGUUCAGUUUUUUAUGCUAGUUAAACGGAAAGAAACUCCAUUUCUCUCAAAGUCAAUAUUUUGGGAGAAUGAUGUCACUUUCGAGCCUCAAUUUUCAGAUCUAUAAAAUACAGAAAUAAAACAAUAUGAACCUCAUGAACUGGUGGGAGCGAGGGAGCUUCAGAGAGAUGCACAACUCUGUAACGACUCACGCCAGAAACCUCUCCAAGGUUCUUUGAAACAGCUCCUGGGUUCAACUCCGCGGAAGGGGCGAGCCCACCCAGCAGACCAGAGAGGGCGGGGCGAGGAGGUUGGCAUUGUUCUGGCCCCGCCCCCGCCCCGCCCUAGAUAUCGCGAGAGGGCGGGCCCGCUUGGCUUCGGCGUCGGCGUCGCUCCGGCGCUGUGGCGCUAGGCCGCCUUCAUUCCGCGGGCCACGGAUAAAGUGCCGGUGGACAAGGGCGCGCGAAGGGCCGCCAGCCACGCGGGGUCGGCGAGACGCCUGAGCGUCCGAGUCGUGUCGUGACAACGAUUCUGGUGGGUGUCUCCGCGACAGCAGGUGCAGCCGCUUCAGCCCCAAGCGGGCUCGGCGGCUGCCUGGCGAGUCUCUGCUCGCGCCCAGCCUUUUCCUUCCUGGACCCAACGCUAAGCAGCGACGCUGAGCCGACCGCCGGAGCGGCGGGCAAUGGCGGCCUCGACGGCCUCGCACCGGCCCAUCAAGGGGAUCUUGAAGAACAAGAGUUCUACGACUUCCUCUAUGGUGGCCUCGGCCGAACAGCCCGGCAGGAGUGUUGACGAAGAGCUGAGUAAAAAAUCCCAGAAGUGGGAUGAAAUGAACAUCCUGGCGACAUAUCAUCCAGCAGACAAAGACUAUGGUUUAAUGAAAAUAGAUGAACCUAGCACUCCUUACCAUAGUAUGGUGGGUGAUGAUGAAGAUGCAUUGAGUGACUCAGAAACCACUGAAGCCCUGUCCCCAGAUAUCUUAGCUAAGAAAUUAAUUGCUGCUGAAGGCGCAGAGCCGAAGUACCGGGUUCAUGAACAAGAAAGUAGUGGAGAUGAGGAUACUGACCUCUCACCUGAAGAACAAGAAAAAAAGCGACAGUUUGAAAUGAAAAGGAAACUUCACUACAAUGAAGGACUGAAUAUUAAAUUAGCUAGACAAUUAAUUUCAAAAGACCUACAUGAUGAUGAGGAGGAUGAAGAAAUGUCAGAGACUGCAGCUGGAGAAAGCAUGAAUACAGAAGAAUCAAAUCAAGGAUCUGCAAGUGACCAACUGCAAAACAAAUCACAGAGUUCAUAGAAGAGAUUUGCUCAACACUGUAAUUGCCACAUACAAACCCUGUUACUAUAAUAUACUGCUUCUUGUUCUCUACAAUUCAUGACUUAAGUACCAAAAUGCAUACCAGUUAUUAUAUAUUGCCAAUAAUUAAAUAACUUUAGAGACUAAUUAGACUGAAAAUGCCUAAUUGAUACAUAUAUUCUUGUGCCUAAUACUUCACCACAAAUACAGUAUAGUGUCAUCAGUGCAGUCCAAAACUAUAUUACUUUUGUAAGAACACUGGCUAAUUUGUAUCAGAUAUGUAGCUUUUUAUGUUUUAGAAGUUAUCUUGGGUGGUGAGGGGAUCUAAUUUAUUUUCUUCACUUCUAGAUGUGAUAGCUCUUAUAAAAAGUUGAGUUUUAUUAAAAAUCAAAAUCCAUUUGGAACAACCGAUCAUACGCUGAUAGAUAUUCAGUUUGAAAAGUAUUUUAACACAUGCCCUUCUGUUUAAUUGAAAAGGAUUAUAAGAGUUACAGUUGCAUUUCUGGCAUACUGUCUUUAAAGUUCCUGUUGAGUUUCUUUUAUGUUUAAAGGAAAGGAUUAAACUUUAUCUCAUCAAAACUAGCUGUUUCCAAAAAUAAAUUAUCAGGUUAAACUUGCUCUAACGUCUGCUCUUACUUUUUGUGUACACUCCAUGGGCAGACUUCAGAUCAGUUUUUAAAUACAUAUGAUAUAGUCUCCACAUUCCCUUUGUAUACCUGUCUAAAUCUCCCGCCUUUGUUUCUUACUCCUUUCCACAUAUACGCACACAAUCCUUUACCUUUAUAAAGGGUCAUAAAGAUUGUCAUGAUUUUAGUAACUUUUCCUUCUCUCACAUAUCCUGUCAUUUGCUACAACAAUGAAAUCUUAUUUUGACUAUCAAUGCCUAUUGGUUUUUCUAAUACAUGGAGAAAAUAGAUUGAAUAGCAGCAGUACUAUAGAUGGGAAAUACAAUUCAACUGUGGAUUUCUACAGUUCUCUGAUUUACAGCUUGCUAGUUAAAGUGCUAUUAUUAGUUUAUUGUUUGACUUAAUUAGACCUUAGAAAAACAACUGAGAGUUUUUAUUUUUUGCAUGAUGAGAGAAUUGUGUGUAACCAGUGAUGAUAGUUCCUAAAUGUAUAGACAGAAGUAAUUCUGAACACAUUUUAAUUUAAAAACUUUAAAUAGUCCCUGCUUUAAGGGAAAAUGAUAAUGUAUACUAUGACAAAUGUACUUUAUUCUUUUAACACAGUAAGAUUUGGACUUUUUCCCCUGAAAUGAAGUGCAGUUCCUAUAUAUCUUGGUUUAGUGAUGGUUUCAUUUCCAGUCAAUUAUUUGUGUCUUAAUUUUUUUGUUAGCACCAAAAGAAUUCAUUAUAUGAACAGACUUUUAAAAUAACUUCUGUAUAUUGUGUAUAUGAAUUGGCUUUUAUUCAACAGCUUAUCUUCCACUUGCAAGUUUAUGGAAAUAUCAAUAUGUCAAAAUAAAUAAAAAGUGGGAGAAUCCUUUGCUGUUAGAAGAAUGUUUUUAUUUUGAAUGUCUUUUUUUUUAAACGGGAUCCAAUCAGUACUUCUGAACUGCAGGUACAGUAUUCUAAAACAUGUUAGCUAGUAAUACCACUGAUUUAUAAAGAAAGCAGUGUUUAUCUCUGCUUUCUGAAUUUAGAAUGUUGAGGUAUUCUUACCUGUUUAAACCUAUUUGGGUGUAUUUAAGCUCAUAAAUGUGUAUGUUCAUGCACACAGACCUCUGUUUCUAGUUUUCUCAUUUCAAGUUCUUAGACUGUAUCCACAUGCUCUUUAGUUGUAGAAAUAGCUGCUGUACAUUGAAGGAAAGGUAAGACCUUUAACAACUGAUCCUUUUGGUGUACAAACUCUUUCUUGAAAAAUCACAGGUGAACUCUCAUUUCUGCUUUCAGGAGGUAGGUAGUUAUCUUAGAGGAAUAAGACAUGACGUAUAGCAUGCUCAGUAGGAUUUUAGAUGGUCACAUGAAACUGUUUUCAUUAUCAUGAGUUCUUAAUUGACAUGGUAUUGAACUGUACCCAAAAAGAUGAACUUUGGAGUUCCCAUCGUGGCUCAGUGGUUAACGAAUCUGACUAGGAACCAUGAGGUUGUGGGUUUGAUCCCUGGCCUCGAUCAGUGAGUUAAGGAUCUGGUGUUGCCGUGAGCUGUGGUGUAGGUCACAGACGCAGCUCGGAUCUGGCAUGGCUGUGGCUGUGGCGUAGGCCGGUGGCUAUAGCUCCGAUUAGACCCCUAGCCUGGGAACUUCCGUAUUCCGUGGGUGCGGCCCUAAAAGGGACAAAAGACAAAAAAAAAAAAAAAAAAGAACUUUUAUGACUCAAGUUAGGUUUUUCUGUGGAAAAAGCUGUCAAUGUUCAAUUCUAGCCAAAGUCGACUUAACUUUUAAAUCAGUAUCAUUUUUCUGCUUAACUCUUCCG